CGCUGACAACUGGCGCACACUGAAGCUCACGCAAAUUAAUAAGUUUCUAUAGAUUCUACUUGUACUGUUGUUUGUAUUUCUGUUUCUUUGUUCAAAUCCAAAUUUGCGGUCAAGUAAUGAGCUAAGUGCGGACAGUGUUGGCCAACGCGCAGCAAUGAAGCCUGGGUCAGUAAACGAGAACUUCUCAAAAGCCAGUGCUGCAAAACACGCACAGAGAUGGUGGCUGAUAGGAUGGCCGCGUCGCUUGUUGCUGUUAAGAUUCGUGGCAUUUGGCUUAUCGCGAAACAUGUCGAGCACCUGUCUGAAAUUGGUGGAAGUGGAGGAGUCUCGUCGCUUUAUGAUCGAUUGCUUCAAGGCUGUGAAUGUGCCCGAGGAGCAUGCGAAGGCUCAGGCUGAUCUGCUGGUGGCGGCCGAUCAUCGUGGACACUUUAGUCACGGCAUGAACAGGCUGGAGAUGUACAUCAAUGAUCUGGCCAUCAAUUCCACGGAUGGUGCCAUCACACCAGUGGUGCUGAAGGAGACGCCCGCCACAGCCUGGGUCGAUGGACGCAAUGGACUGGGCGCUGUCGUUGGCAACUUCUGCAUGGACUUGGCCAUCAAGAAGGCCAAAAAUGUGGGCGUUGGCUGGGUCUGUGCCAAGGGCAGCAAUCAUUACGGCAUGGCCGGCUGGUAUGCGCUGAGAGCCAUGGAGAGCGGCCUCGUGGGCAUGUCCAUGACCAAUACGUCACCGCUGAUGGCGCCCACGGGCGCCAAGGAGGCGGCGCUGGGCACCAACCCGCUGUCGUUGGGCGCCAAUGCCUGCGGCAAGGAUCACUUCCUGCUGGACAUGGCGACCACAGCUGUGGCCGUGGGCAAGAUUGAGAUACAGAACAGAAAGGGCGCCUCCUUGCCCGAUGGCUGGGCCCAGGAUCCCGAGGGCAAAGUGACGAACGAUGCCAAAUUGGCAUUCGAAACGGGCUGCCUGUGCCCCCUGGGCGGCACUGAGCUGACCUCUGGCUACAAGGGCUACGGCCUGGGCGCCAUGGUGGAUAUUUUGACCGGCGUUAUGUCCGGCGCCAACUACUCCACGCACGUGCGCAAAUGGACCCACACGGGCGCCAACACAGCCGCCAAUUUGGGUCAAGUUUUCAUUGCCGUCGAUCCGAACUGCUUUGCACCACAGUUCCAGGAGCGUAUGACCGACUUCAAUUCCAUUCUGCGCAACACCAAGCCGACCGAUCCCAAGAAGCCCGUGCUGCUGGCCGGCGACAAGGAGGAGAAGAACAUGAAGGACGUUGACCAGACUGGCGGCAUUGAGUAUCUGGAGAAUCAGCUUAAAACCUGCGCCGCCCUAGCCGAGCGCCUCAAGAUUCAGCCCCUGAGAUUCAAGUGAUUCACCGUUCAUAUCAACUAUAUCAAUAACUCUUUACAUAUGCCGUGAAUUAAAUUUGCUUUUGCAUUUCUCUUGACCAAAGGAUUUGAUUAG